UCGUCAGUCAUGAAGAGUGAGUGAGACACGAAAGUCGCGCGAGGGGAGUUAGCAUGUCAACCACGAUUCAAUCAACACGCAACUGAUUAACUAUCAACUAACAACUAUCAACUGUUAACUGAACCUCAACUAUAUACUCACACCAUGAACCACGUAGAAAACAACCUAACGGGCACCUUAACUACAGAACACAAGGAAAUAGUGAAACAAACCUGGGCCAUCGUAGAAGCCGAUAAAUCUAAACAUGGCAAGGAUUUAUUUUUUGAAUUAUUCGUCGCAUUUCCCGACUACCUUUCCUUUUUCAAAGGAAAACUGUCGUCGAAAGAAGACCUCCUGACAGAUGAAAAGUUUGCCGAAGAGCACGUAGUCGGAAAAGUGAUGAACUCCAUCGGAAAAGUGGUAGAAAAUCUCGACAAUGAAAGCGUAAUUGAAGCCGCCUUAUUGCAGAUAGGGAGAAACCACUACAAACGUCAAGUACUUGAACCGCAUUUUGAAAACGCCAAAAAAGUACUACUAGCAGUACUCGAAAGAAACCUCGGCGACCUGUGGACCAAAGAAGUGGGAGAAGCGUGGGUGACCACACUGAACGUGGCGUUUUCAAUCCUUUACAGGGGUCUCCAAGCUGAAACAUAGUUUUCCCAACAAAAUUGACUGUUUACCAACUGAAAUUGACUAAUUUCCAACAAGAACGGACUAGGUUUCAACAAAAUAAACUACUAUUUCCAACAAAAUAGACUAAUUACCAACAAAAACGGACGAAUUUCCAA